CGCUCGACUCCCUUCUCCCCCGCGCCGGGUCUCCCAUGAGGUCCGAGCCCCUCAGCCGGCGACAAUGACUACUUCCCUGCAAGAUGGGCAGAGCGCCGCGGGCAGGGCGGCUGCUCAGGAUUCGCCGCUGGCGGUCCAGGUGUGCGGCGCUGGCCAGGGGAGGGGCGACGCCCGCGACCUGGCGCCAGCCCCGUGGUUGCAUGCGCGGGCUCUCCUGCCCCCUCCGGAUGGGACCCGCGGCUGUGCUGCAGACAGGAGAAAAAAGAAAGAACUUGAUGUUCUGGAAAUGCCAUCUAUUCCAAACCCUUUUCCUGAGCUGUGCUGUUCUCCAUUUACAUCUGUUUUGUCAGCAGGCCUGUUUCCCAAAGUAAAUUCAAGGAAAAAACAGGUAAUUAAAGUGUACAGCGAAGAUGAAACCAGCAGGGCGUUAGAAGUACCCAGUGACAUAACUGCCCGGGACGUUUGCCAGCUGUUGAUCCUGAAGAAUCAUUACGUUGACGACCACAGCUGGACCCUUUUUGAACACCUGCCUCACAUAGGUCUAGAAAGAACGAUAGAAGACCACGAACUGGUGAUUGAAGUGCUGUCCAACUGGGGAAUGGAAGAAGAGAAUAAGCUAUACUUUAGAAAAAAUUAUGCCAAAUAUGAAUUCUUUAAAAACCCAGUGUAUUUUUUUCCAGAGCAUAUGGUGUCUUUUGCAACUGAAACCAAUGGUGAAAUAUCCCCCACACAGAUUUUGCAGAUGUUUUUGAGUUCAAGCACAUACCCUGAAAUCCAUGGCUUUUUACAUGCAAAAGAACAGGGAAAGAAGUCCUGGAAAAAGAUUUACUUCCUUCUAAGAAGAUCUGGUUUAUAUUUUUCUACUAAAGGGACAUCAAAGGAACCUCGGCAUUUGCAGUUUUUCAGCGAGUUUGGCAAUAGUGAUAUUUAUGUGUCACUGGCAGGCAAAAAAAAACACGGAGCGCCGACUAACUAUGGAUUCUGCUUUAAGCCUAACAAAGCAGGAGGGCCCCGAGACCUGAAAAUGCUCUGUGCGGAAGAAGAGCAGAGUAGGACAUGCUGGCUGACCGCAAUUAGAUUGCUUAAGUAUGGCGUGCAGCUGUACCAGGAUUACAUGCAUCCAUAUCAAGGCAGAAGUGGCUGCAGUUCUCAGAGUAUCUCACCCAUGAGGAGUAUAUCAGAGAAUUCCCUGGUAGCAAUGGACUUCUCAGGCCAGAAAAGCAGAGUUAUAGAAAAUCCCACUGAAGCUCUAUCAGUUGCAGUUGAAGAAGGACUUGCUUGGAGGAAAAAAGGAUGUUUACGCCUGGGCCUUCACGGUAGCCCCACUGCCUCUUCACAGAGCUCUUCCACAAACAUGGCUAUCCACCGAUCACAGCCGUGGUUUCACCAUAAGAUUUCUAGAGAUGAAGCUCAGCGACUGAUUAUUCAGCAAGGACUUGUAGAUGGAGUUUUCUUGGUGCGGGAUAGUCAAAGUAAUCCCAAAACUUUCGUACUGUCAAUGAGUCAUGGACAAAAAAUAAAGCACUUUCAGAUUAUACCAGUGGAAGAUGAUGGUGAAACGUUCCACACCCUGGAUGAUGGCCACACGAGAUUUACGGAUCUAAUCCAGCUGGUGGAGUUUUAUCAACUCAAUAAGGGCGUACUUCCUUGCAAGUUGAAACAUUAUUGUGCUAGGAUUGCUCUUUAGCCAAACCGAAAGUGACUUGUUAAACUAGUGAAGAAAAAGAACUCUAGGAAAAAAGCAAACCCACAAAUAAGGAUGAAAAUGUUGCCAUGGUGAAAAGAAUGUAUUUUACCUACAAGUUAACAAAAAAUAGUUUGUGCAUUGCAAAUAAGCAAAGACUUGGAUUGACAUUACAUUCAUCAUUUAAAAUUCAUUAGUUAAAAAUUAAACCUCAGAAAAAAUGAU